CAAUCCAUCCAGGCAUACAUUCAUAACAAGUUUCUAGCUCUGCAGCACGCUAGCUUGCUCUUCCAAGAAGCUCGGCGAUCUCCCCUGCUUACCACCCCUUCCAGCAGCUAAUAGCUACCAGCUGACUACUUGUGCCAUGGCAACAAGAUUUAUCGCCGCUGCGGCCGUGAUGGCAGCGGCCCUCGUCGGCAUGGCGUCGGCGGCUGUCUACAACGUCGGCGAGCCGACCGGGUCCUGGGACCUGCGGACCAACUACCGCGACUGGGCCGCCUCCAAGCGGUUCCACCCGGGCGACCAGAUCGUCUUCAGGUACACCCCGCAGGCGCACGACGUGGUGGAGGUGAGCAAGGCGGACUACGACUCCUGCUCCACCGCCAGGCCGAUCGCCACCCACACCUCCGGCAACGACGCCAUCACCCUGACCUCCAUCGGCACCCGUUACUUCAUCUGCGGCAUCACCGGCCACUGCGACGGGGGCAUGAAGCUCCAGGUCGACGUCGUGCCCGGCGCCACAACCUCCCUCGCCCCGACCGGCGCUCCCGGCGCCAAUGCCCCGGUCUCUCCCCAGACCCCGUCCACGCCCGCUUCCGCCGCUACCAAGGCCACCGCCACCGGCUUCGCUCUCGCCGCCGUCAUGUUGGCUGCCGGCCUGAUGGCUUAAUUAGUUAAAAUUUCUUCUUGUAUCUUGUACAUGCACAUGCAUGCUUAUAUUUAGUUAUAAUUGAUUGUUGUAUUCUUUUGUGGAGAGAGAGGUCGAUACAUGUGUGUACGUAUAUAGAGAAUUAGAGAUGAAACACUGUCAGCAUAUUAUAUACAUCUACAUAUAUAAUAUAUUAGUAAUAUGCCCGUGCGUUGCGGAAAA